AUGACAUCAUGGCAACCGAAUCAGGAAGAACUGACACAGGUUCUACAUUUGUUGCACCACUCGCAAUCGACAGAUACAGUCGUACAGCGAAAUGUGCAACAACAGCUCGACAUGCUAAAUGGCCAUCAAUCAUUUUGUUGCUAUCUUGUACACAUUCUUAGUGGUAUGAAAGAGGAGCAAGAGGCUAGCCGAUCUCUUGCUGGAUUAAUAUUGAAGAACAAUGUUCGUUCGCAGUGGGCGAAAUAUCCAGAUGAAGUGCGAGAAUUUGUAAAGACCAAUACAUUAGCUAGUAUAGCUGAUCCAAGUCCAUUAAUUCGAGCUACAGUAGGUAUAAUAGUAACUACGAUAGUCGUCGAAGAGAAUGGUGUUGGUCACUGGCCAACUUUAUUGCCAUAUUUGGGCCAUCUUCUCGAUCAACCAGAUCCCAACAUGCAAGAGGCGAGCGAUCGUCUGGAUACUGAACAGCACGUUCAUCCGCUGAUGCCGAAGAUUUUGUCGUUUUUCAGCUCAGAAAGCCCUAAAAUGAGGGGGUUAGCAAUGAAUUCGGUGAACAGUAUUUUGAUGAUUAACAACGAUCCAAUUAGUGCAGUGAUUGAUGACUUCUUACAACAGCUGUUUGGAAGGGCACAUGACCAUGAUCCGGAAGUGCAAAAGCAGCUUUGUCGAUCGCUGACUCUUCUGCUGGAUAGCCACUUCGAGAAGUUGGCUCCUCAUCUGCCGAAUGUUAUUGAUUACAUUAUAAUGAAAACUCAGGAUCCUAACGAGAAUAUCGCAGUUGAAGCUUGCGAGUUCUGGUUAUCGUUAGCUGAGAACUCGGAUGUCUGCAAAGAGUUGCUGUCACCUUUUCUGGAGAAACUCGUUCCAGUGCUCAUAAAGUGCAUGCGGUAUUCAGAAAGCGACAUUAUUGCUUUAAAGGGAAAUUGCGACGAGGAAGAUGCCAUGAUUCCGGAUCGUGACGAAGAUAUCAAGCCACGUUUUCACAAAUCCAAGCUUGCUUCAGGACAACUCAACGCUGAAGUGAGUUUCUGUACCAGUGUUUUUGUUUCUUGUGGUAGGGGACAAUCCAGAUGGCACUUCUCCUUUCUGCCUUUCUCAAAGGGGAGGAUCGGCUGA